UGACCUCCACCGCGUCACAUGACCUCAUGAUGUUAAACGGCGUUCCCUCCCCAGUCGUCCUGUCCAGCGAUGACGAGGAGGCGGGCCCCGGCGGCGCGGCGGGCGCCAACAGGCUGGACAGCGUCUCCCCUCGCCCGGCCGACUCGGCUCACUCCUCGCCGGCGCCCUCUGGAGGCCGGGUGGAGGCGGCGGUGAAGAGCGCCGGAGAGCAGGAGGAGUCCAACGGCGAGUUCUUCGAGGACGUCAACAUGAAGAUCACGAUACCGCGGAGAGCCCGGAUGAAGGAUCAGUUCGGGAAUCAACCCCCCGAGCAGUUUUCUCCGAGGCCGAAGAAACCUAAGUGUACGUCCAGCAGCUGCGACAGCAUCGUGCUGGAGUGCCGCAGCGUGAGGGUGGGCACGCUGCGCAGGAUGGUCACCAAGCCCGUCGUCUUUUCCACGGAGCAGAUCCAGCUGGAGACUGAAGGCUCUCAGCGCGACGCCGUGGAGAACAUCUGCCUGCGGGCGUCGGAGCUCGUCAGCUGCGAGUGGUGCAGCGUCCGGAAGCUUCCGGUGUUGUUCUUCCAGACGAGUCCGGCCGAGUGCGCCCGGCUGCGCUCGCAGCUCCACAUGUCGGAGGAGGAGGGAGCGCACUGGUACGACUGUGCCGGGGACCAGUCUGACGAGAAGUUCAUCGUGCUGAUCUUCGAGAACGGGCUGGUGAUGAAGGAGCAGGCCAUUCUGGAGGACAUCCUGGGCGAGAUCGGACGCGCCAACGGCCUCGUGAGCUUCCCGGCCAAGCUGCCCUUCGAGGAGGCCAACAUCCGGCUGGUGAACUACAACAAGGCCCUGAAGCAGAAAGAGGACAAGGAGAAGCCGACCCAAAGCCCUCAGAAACCGGCUCACGGCUCCCCGGUGAACAAGGUGGCGCAGGCCUCCCCGGUGAGGAUGGCCAACCGGCAGCACGCCGACGGCUACUUUGAAGACGAAGACGAGGACAUGACCGACCUCCAGCCGACCUUCUGCGGGCCCAUCGUCAAGUUGAUGGUGUACCCGCCUCCUCCGGCCAAAGGCGGCAUGGCGGUCACCAACGAAGACCUGCACUGCCUCAACGACGGAGAGUUCCUGAAUGACGUCAUCAUCGACUUCUACUUAAAGUAUUUGGUUCUGGAGAAGUUGAAAAAGGACGACGCUCAAAGAAUCCACGUGUUCAGCUCCUUCUUCUACAAGAGGCUGAACCAGCGGGAGCGGCGCAACGCGCCCGACACCGGCAGCCUGCCCAUCCAGAAGAGGAAGCACAACCGGGUGAAGACGUGGACUCGCCACGUGGAUCUCUUCCAGAAGGACUUCAUCUUUGUUCCCAUCAACGAGUCGGCUCACUGGUAUCUGGCCGUCAUCUGCUUCCCGGGUCUCACGGGUCCGGUUUACGAGCAGAACCCUCUGGACCACAGCGCCCCGUCGGAGGAGAACCCUCCGGACCACUGCCGCCCUCUGUCCCCCGACCGGGACGGGCUAGACGACGCCUCGGUGGACCCGCUCGCCGCCGUCCCCGAGGCGCCCACCGCCGCUCAGGCCGAGCCCCCCGCCAAGGAGACCGACGGGGGACCCGAGGCCCCCGGCACCGCCACGCCGCCCGGCACCGGCCCGGCAGAGCCGGAGCAACAAUACACAAGUGAGCUGCAGAAGAUCAGCGUCUGUUACGGUUCAGUGAAAGGAGACGAAGACUUCAACUUCUCUGACGAUCAGAGCUCCUGUCAGGAUGAGUGCAGUGAUGAUGGGGCUCUGGCUGAAGACGCUCUCUGCUCUGACUCCUCGGCUCCUCCCGGCAGACUGAACCUCUGCAAGCAGCCCUGCAUCCUCACCAUGGACUCCCUGCGCGGCCCGGCCCGCUCCACGGUCGUCAAAACCCUCCGAGAGUACCUGGAGGUGGAGUGGGAGGUGCGUAAAGGGACCCAGCGGAGCUUCGGGAAGGACGUGAUGAAGGGUUCGAGUCCCCGCGUGCCGCAGCAGGACAACUUCAGCGACUGCGGCGCGUACAUGCUGCAGUACGUGGAGAGCUUCUUCGAGAGCCCCAUUCCCAGUUUCCACCUGCCGGUGAACCUGUCCGGCUGGUUCCCUCAGCUGCGGAUGAAGACCAAGCGCGAGGAGAUCAGGGAGCUCAUCCUAAGGAUCAAAGAGCAACAGGAAGUGGACAAGCGGGAGGCGGAGCCUGUCCCGGCCACGCCCAGCUCCCCCGGGGAGCCCGAGAUCGAAGAGAUCCGGCCGCCGAAUUUACCCAUCGGCCCCUGAGGGGGGGCGGGGCCUGACUGUUUUCACUUCAGCUGGGGAACAACCGGUCCGCGACUCCCCCGUUAACCACAGACAUCAAACGCAACGUUAAAUUUGUACGGGGAAAAAAUAAACAAGAACUGUAAAUAC